AUGGGCUCCUGCGUGUCACGAGAUCUGUUCACAAGUGCCCACAAGGACGGCCCCAUGCCCCAGGGCAUGGACCCUCUGAACCCAGACGUGCCCUCCGGCCCACCACCCACCAUUGCUCCAGACCAUGUCACUGGCAAGGACAAACAGAUGGAUUUCUGUUGGGAUCCUUGGCAGAGGUGCUUCCAGUCCACCAAUGGCUACCUGUCCAACUCCAGAUCCUGCUCCAGCAACUACAACGUGGCAGCCCUGGCCACAUCGUCCCUUGUGGGGGUGGUGCAGAGCAUCAAGGACCACAUCACCAAGCCCACAGCCAUGGCACGAGGCCGCGUGGCCCACCUCAUCGAGUGGAAGGGCUGGAGUGCCCAGCAGUCUGGCUGGGAGCAGUCCCCGGCCGAGGAUGAGCAUUACUGCUGCCUCCCAGACGAGCUGCGUGAGGCCCGUUUUGCUGCAGGAGUUGCCGAGCAGUUUGCCAUCACAGAGGCCACACUGAGUGCCUGGUCCUCACUGGACGAUGAGGAGCUUCACCUUGAGAACAGCCCCCAGGACGUUGUCCAGCUUCAGGACCUGGAGAGCCUCUACCUUCAGGACAGCCUCCCGAGCGGCCCCUCACAGGAUGACAGUCUUCUGGCCUUCUCCCCCGGCCUCUCCUCCGAUGGCUGGCCCUCCCCCGAGGAGCCCCCCAUCACAGCUGCCAGCCCUCAGCCCCCCAGCCCAACACAGCAGCAUCGGCAGCGGCUGCCAGGGGCCCUGGGGCCCGAGGGUGGGGCCCAGCCUCUGGGUUCCCUCCCCUCAGUGGACAGCAGCUCCCUCUGGGAGGAGGAGGAUGAGGUGUUCUACAACUGA